AUGGCCCAGUCCAAAGCCAACGGCUCGCACUAUGCGCUGACCGCCGUCGGCCUCGGGAUGCUGGUCCUUGGGGUCAUCAUGGCCAUGUGGAACCUGGUCCCUGGGUUCAGCACUGCGGAAAAGCCGGCUGCUCAGGGGCACAAGACAGAGGUAGGAAGCGGCAUCCUUAAGAGCAAGACCUUCUCCGUGGCCUACGUGCUGGUCGGGGCCGGCGUGAUGCUGCUCCUGCUCUCCAUCUGCCUGAGCAUCCGGGACAAGAGGAAGCAGCGGCGGGGCGAGGAGCUGGCACACAUCCAGCACCCGGGGGUCGAACCACACGCCCACGAGGAGGACAGCCAGGAGGAGGAGGAGGCGGCCUCCUCACGGUACUAUGUCCCUAGCUACGAGGAAGUGAUGAACACAAACUACUCGGAAGCAAGGGACGCGGACCAGAACCCCCAGAUGAGCAUCUCUCUCCCCUCGUACGAGUCCUUGACGGGGCUGGAUGAGACGAGCCCCACCACAACCAGGGCCGACCCCAGGGAACCCCCCUCCCCCGACAGGCAGAACUCCAAGUUGUCCAAACGCCUGAAGCCUCUGAAAGGGAGAAGGAUAAAAUCCGAAAAGCUUCACCUCAAAGACUUUAGGAUCAACCUGCCGGACAGAAACGUGCCUCCUCCCUCCAUCGAGCCCUUGACACCCCCCCCACACACACACACACACAGUACGAUGAGGUCCAGGAGAAGGCCCCUGACGCCCGGCCCCCCGACUGA